AUGUCACUUAGCAUACUACCUUCGCAUCCUCCGGUCUCUCGGCCAACUGCUGCUAGCAAACGACCCAAACUUUCUCUCAACACAUCUUCGUUGCCUUCAACUUUUGGCAAGAGCACGACCGGACUUAGACUCGAUGCACCCUCAAUAGCCUCGCCCACAGCUAGAAACACCUUUAGCAACGCCUACGGAUCACAACAUAUCAUGAGUCCGGAGGCUAUGACUUCUCACCAGGAUGUACGACCAAAAUCUCGACUGUGUCUGGACACAUCGGUAACACCUACUCAUCAACAACCUGCACGUUCUUCUUCCACCGACAGCUGCAUGUCAGCCACAUCUGCCACCUCGGCCUCGACCGACUCUUCCAUCUCCUCUACAUCAACUACAGACUCCUUCGACAAGCCAAUCCCCUAUCGUCUGCCGUUCAACCAUCGAUCCAUCCUCACCAACGGCCCUCAUGGCUGCCUUCGUCGUCGCAAGUCAUUUUCGAGCACUCGACCCAUGUUUCCUUCUCCCAAGAAGGUGUCGUUCCGCGCACCCCUGACCGAAGACAUUCGCAACGAAAUCUACACACUGGCUCAGUCUGAUGUCGAGUCUGCCUCAUCUUCCAUAUCAACCCUGGAGACAUUACCUUCGGGUCACGGACACUACGUUCAGCAACAACAGAAACACAAAAGAGCAGCGGCUCUGCCAAUAAGAACACCCACAUCACCCGCAUGUGGAGAUAAGCGCGACUCUUCGGAGGACGAAUCAGAUAGUGACAUCUGCCCUUCAACGCCUGUCACACGGAGGAGUAAGAAACCUCGGGAAUGGGUCUGGACGCUUGGUCCGAUCAACCAAAUCACACCACCGCCAUCCUCAAGCCCUGUCGACGACCAUAGUCAAUUAUGA